AUGGAAGCUCACGGUGAUGGCUGCCUCAUAGCGUCCAAUAGGCAGUUCGGGAUCAGAUAAGGCGGAUACCUGGCAGCGGCACCGACACGACCACACACGUCGGUUUCAGCUUUCUCAAUCUCCUGGAAGGAAUUGAAGGAGGGGACAGGAGGAGGAGACGGAGGAGGGAGAGGGUGGGUGGAUGGGUGGGAUCGUGAGGCAAUCAAGAAAACUAAAACCCACCGACCAGCAGAAAGAAAGAUGGCAUCCUUGUUUUUGCUGGGGAAUACCCUCAUCAACAGCUGGAGCAGCAGCAGCAGUCAGUAUCAGUCAUGCUACUCGCUGUUCCACCUCUCCCAUAUCCACAGCAGCAGGAAAAGAAGGAGAUCGGGCUGCUGCUGCUGCAACUCCGCACCGGCUCUGCUUGCGGCGGCGGUCAUCUUCUCAUCGUCCGCCCUUCAGUCUCCGGAGACCCUAUUGGACGUGCCCCAGACGCUUUCCGGAACUGACGGCAAGCAGGCAAGGAUCCAGCGGCCCAAGUCGACCAAGGCAGAGUCCUGCACCAUCAAGUGUGUCACCACCUGCAUCCGAGGAGGCGCCGGCUCACCUGGUGAAGGACCCCUUAACGUGAGGAGGCCUCUUGUGGUUUUCAAGCAAGGAUUCCGUAGUCGCCAAUAUUGCUUGGCAGAGUGCUCAGAUAUCUGCAACCGAAUCAAGGAUGGAGAGGAUGGACCCUGAACAAAUCUGUUUAGUCUGCAGCUGUUCCAUGCAUGGUACUGGAGUAAGAAGUUUGUGGACCUGAUUUCCUACACUCAACAAAUGAUUCACCAGACAACCCUGCGCAACCAAUACAUUCAUCAGCCACUGGAAUUUAUGCAUAUUUUAUCUGCAUUCCAGAAAGCUAUUGAAGCAAAUGAUUGAUCAGCACUGUUCAUGUCACUUUUUCAUUCUAAAAUGGAUUUCAUGUUGAUGCGUCCACAACUACCUGAGAAAAAAAAAGGGAACUAGGAACAUGAUGGAAGGUUAA